AUGGUAUCUUUCCCUUGUGUGAGAAAAGUGAUACCUGCAGGCCUCGAGCCAUUGACUUUGAACACAAACCUAAAUUUCAGAAGUACAUCUUUUACAAAGAAACAGAAUAGUCAUGUGGUGCAAGAGAAAACUCCCACUCCAGGAAAGUUUGGAAGCUUCGGUGGGAAGUUUGUACCCGAAAUCCUGAUCGCCCCCUUAGAGAAACUUGAAGCUAUAUUCAACUCCAUUUUGAAGGAUCAUGAGUUUAAGGCGGAGCUAGCAGCUGCACUAAGGGAUUACGUUGGACGUGAAACUCCUUUGUACCAUGCCCAUAAUCUCACAGAUCAUUACAAGAACAUCAAUGGAGAAGGGCCUGAAAUAUAUCUUAAAAGAGAGGAUCUCGGCCAUGGAGGAUCAUACAAGAUGAGCAACGUCAUUGCACAAGCACUUUUGGCCAAACGAACGGGCCAAAAGAGCGUUAUAACAGCUACGAGUGCUGGCAACCAUGGUGUUGCAGCUGCUGCUGUGUGUGCUAAGUACUCCUUAGAUUGUACUAUUUUCAUUGGAACCAGAUGUUAG